AUGUCCACCCGGCCGCCCCCCGCCAAAAAACGACGCGCCCUCUCCCCCCACGCCUCCCACGCAACCCACCUCGCAGCGCUCUUCUCCAACCCAACGCAAACCAUCUCCCUCCCCCCGCCCGUCGCCUCCGACGGUUCCUCAACCCGCAAACCACUGCCCCCGCCCCCCGAAAUCGUCACCAACGUCCAGGGCUCCUCGGCGGGAGCCGGCUCGGGGGAGUUCCACGUGUACAAGGCGGCGCGGCGGCGGGAGAACGAGCGAUUGCGGCGCAUGGAUGAGGAUUUGGCGAAGGAGAAGGAGGCGGAUGAGUUUGAGAGAAGGCGGGCGGAGAAGGCGAGGGAGGAUGAGGAAAGGACAAGGAGGAAUCGGGAGAAGAGGGAUAAGAAGAAGAGGAGGGGGAAAGGGGGGAAUGGGGGUGGUAAAGUGGGGGAUAAGGGUGGAGUGAAGGGUGAUGGGGAGGAUAAAGGGGAGGAGAAUAAGACGGAGGUGGCGUCGGAAGGGAAAGGGGAGGAUGAUUUUGAUACCAAUGGGGGGAAGGAAAAUAAGGGUAAGGAGGGGUCCGCGGCGGAAGAGAAGAAAGAAAGUGUGCCUGCUGCUCCUGCGGAUGGCCCGGGGCUGGUUAUCCACGACGACGACUAA